AUGAGGGACGUAAACAGGCCUUUACUCUCUAGCCAUGCUCUAAAGCGAGUUCGAACUUAUGACACUUCUCUCUCGGAUGGGGCCCUGGCAAACCAGGCCAACCCUGAUUCAAAUGUACCCGGAGCGCAGAGUCCCAGGCCUUCUCGGUCAAGCAUUGAGAUAAUCGACCCCCCAAAAGAACGGACAACCGUUCUAUCAGACCUCUCGGGAAUCCAGCAGUCUCUGACCGUGUGGGACUGUCUGACAUACUACCUCCCGUGUUUCUCGUGGUUGCCUUCUUACAGCUCAUCGAAAUUAUUUAGGGAUUUGCUAGCUGGUGCUUCGUUGGCGUCGUUCCAAAUUCCUCUGGCUAUGUCUUAUUCAACGUCUGUUGCUCACGUUCCUCCAAUCUGUGGUCUCAACGCUUUGGCUGUGACACCAUUCGUGUACGCCAUAUUUGGAUCUGUGCCGCAGAUGAUAGUUGGACCAGAAAGCGCCAUUUCCUUGGUAGUGGGACAGGCCAUCGAGAAACUUGCAAAACACGAACCGAAAAUUAAUCUGAUUAACCUCUGUGUCAUCCUGACGUUCAGCAGCGGUGCGAUUUUAUUAUUGUUUGGACUUCUGAGAUUUGGAUUCUUGGACGGCGUGUUAAGUAGGGCGCUACUGCGAGGAUUCAUCAGCGCUGUGGGGAUCGUGAUGGUGCUUAAUUCAUUGCUUGCGGAAUUGAAGCUAAAAAAGGUAUUUGAAGACGCCCCAAGCCAUUACCAUGCUCCCUACGAGAAAAUCAAAUUCCUUAUUAAAUAUGCGCCAGCAAACGCGCAUCUGCCGACCGCUACUCUGAGCCUUAUCACUUUUGGCAUCUUGAUGGUGAUUAAAUACCUAAAAAAGGGUCUAUCGAAAAGGUAUAAGAAGGUGAUCUUCAUUCCUGAAAUUCUACUUGUUGUGACUGUGGUGACAGUUGUAUCGUAUAUUCACGAUUUCAAGCAUCUUUAUGGCAUUGAAAUUGUAGGGGACAUUAACACUGAAAGUACAGGCCAUCUAAGAAAUCCCUUAGCGAAAAAAAACCUAUCCUAUUACAACGAUUUAUUUCAUGCUAGUUUUAUGGUUGCCUUGCUUGGAUUUUUUGAGUCCACCACAGCAUCUAAAUCUUUGGGAACGGCUUACGACCUGGCUAUCUCAUCUAAUCGGGAGCUGGUAGCAUUAGGAAGCUUGAAUUUAGUCGGGUCUUUUUUCGGAGCUUUACCUUCCUUUGGAGGAUACGGCCGUUCCAAGAUUAACGCCUACAGCGGUGCCGCGACAGUAAUGUCAGGCGUCUUCAUGGGUGCAAUAACAUUCGUCACCUCGAAAUUUUUGCUUGGCAUGAUCCACUAUAUCCCUGUGUGCAUUCUUUCAGUCAUUACGACGGUAGUGGGUAUUUCCCUAUUCGAAGAAGCUCCUGCUGAUAUCCGAUUCCACUACAGGUGUCGUGGAUACAAUGAGCUCAUUACGUUUGCUAUCACAGUACUGACGACAUUUUUUUACUCAGUAGAAGCUGGCAUUACCGUAGGCUGUGGCUACUCCAUUAUAAGAACCAUAAAGCAAUCAACUCUAUCGAGGAUCCAGAUACUCGCAAGGAUCUCGGGCACCAAUCGAUUUGUCAAUGCCGAUCUAUUUGACGAUCUAGCCUACCAGGAUGAACUUGGCGUCUGUCAGCUGGAGCAUGUCGAGGGAUGUCUUAUUGUGAAGAUUCCGGAGCCGUUGAUAUUUACCAAUACCGAAGAUCUCAAGUCAAGGUUAAACCGGCUAGAAAACUACGGCUCCGUAACCGCACACCCCGCUUCUCCACGCGUUCGUGACAAAACCCAGACAAGACACAUGAUUUUGGAUCUAAACGGUAUGACAGAUCUCGAUUCUUCUGCGGCGCAAAUCUUGUGUGAGAUCGUAACAAACCUAAAGAAAAGAAGAGUAAGAGUUUAUCUAUCGAGAGUUUCUUUGAAUGCUGCUGUGCGCGAUAAACUCACAUCCUCGGGGAUUGCGGGGAUGGUAGAGACCACGACUCCAAGUGAAGGGGUAACACCUUCAAGUGCAUCCAUACCUGUGUGGUACUUUCAGAGUAUACAAGACGCUCUACGGUGUGCGGACGAAAUAGACAGUUUUCCGCCAUCAAGAGAAUCUAGUGAAUGCGCUUCUCUAAAUGGGACCUUUGUACAGUGUACAGCUAUUUAUUGA